UGAGGGCUCGGCGGGCGGCGGGGACAGCGACGGCGACGCGCACAAAGGCGGAUUGUGGCUUCACUGGUGCUCGCGGCGGGCGGCGUCGGGGCGGGGGCGGCGGGGCUCCGGGCCGGGCCGCCCGCCCUCCCCGCCGCCGCCGCGUCCCCGGAGCCUGCGGGCGGCGCGGAGGCCGAGGAGCGCUCGCUGCAGCACAUGCUGCGCGCCAUAGCGGAGGAGCGCGGCCGCCUGAGCCUGCGCCGCGAGGUCUGCGGCCUCGGUUGCUUCAAGGAUGACCGCAUCGUCUUCUGGACCUGGAUGUUCUCCACCUACUUCAUGGAGAAGUGGGCGCCCCGGCAGGACGACAUGCUCUUCUACGUGCGCCGCAAGCUGGCCUACGCGGGCAGCGAGAGCGGCAGCGAGGGGACAAAGCAGGCUGAGGCUGAGCCCGAGGUGGAGGUGGAGGUGUACCGGCGGGACUCCAAGAAGUUGCCGGGGCUGGGAGACCCUGACAUCGACUGGGAGGAGAGCGUGUGCCUGAAUCUCAUCCUGCAGAAGCUGGACUACAUGGUGACCUGUGCAGUGUGCACGCGUGCCGAUGGAGGUGACAUUCACAUCCAUAAGAAGAAAUCCCAGCUCUUGGAAUCUGCUUUCUUUCAGCAAGUGUUUGCAUCCCCCAGCAAGCACCCCAUGGACAGCAAAGGGGAAGAAUCCAAGAUGAGUUACCCCAACAUCUUCUUCAUGAUUGACAACUUCGAGGAGGUGUUCAGCGACAUGACCGUGGGGGAAGGAGAGAUGGUGUGUGUGGAGUUGGUGGCCAGUGACAAGACCAACACGUUCCAGGGGGUCAUCUUCCAGGGCUCUAUCCGCUACGAGGCGCUCAAGAAAGUGUACGACAACCGGGUGAGUGUGGCCGCUCGCAUGGCCCAGAAGAUGUCCUUUGGCUUCUACAAGUACAACAACAUGGAGUUUGUGCGCAUGAAGGGGCCCCAGGGAAAGGGCCAUGCUGAGAUGGCCGUCAGCCGUGUGUCCACUGGCGACACGUCCCCCUGUGGGACUGAAGAGGACUCCAGCCCCGCGUCACCCAUGCAUGAGCGGGUGACCUCCUUCAGCACUCCCCCAACCCCGGAGAGGAACAACCGGCCUGCCUUCUUCUCCCCGUCCCUCAAGAGGAAGGUGCCCCGGAGCCGGAUCACCGAGAUGAAGAAGUCUCAUUCGGCCAACGACAGCGAGGAGUUUUUCCGGGAGGACGACGGUGGAGCCGACCUGCACAAUGCAACCAAUCUGCGGUCCCGGUCCCUGUCUGGCACAGGACGGUCCCUGGUGGGGUCCUGGCUGAAGCUGAACAGAGCCGAUGGGAACUUCCUUCUCUAUGCACACCUGACAUACGUCACUUUGCCGCUGCCCCGGAUCUUAACAGACAUCCUGGAGGUACGGCAGAAGCCCAUCCUGAUGACCUAGCGUGUGUGGAGCCUGCGCGGAGCCCCGGCCCUGCUCAGCCCUGGGAGUGCUGCCAAGUGCCUACCUGUCACCGCCACCGGGGUCUUCUGUGACAAGCCAGCUCUGGAGCCACAGCCAGGCGGGGCCGCUCGACUCCCGGGGCCAGGGCCGACUCUAGAACACCAGCCCAAACUGAAGUGCCUCGUACUCCUCCCUGCUGGCUCUGCUCCCUGUGCCGCCAUUCGCCACCCCCCAGCCCACCUCUGGAGAGAGAUGCCAAGAGGCCACAGGGGCAGCCAGUGUGGGAAUGUGCCCAGACCCCCUGACCUGGCUCACAGCUGGCAGGCAGGACCCACCCCGCGGUGCUCAGGGUCCCAGGGAAGCCCAGCGGAGGAUCUCCAAAGCAGUACCACCACACUGGCCUCCAGCCUGUCCAGCGCACCCUCCCUCGUUACCGUGUCACGAGAGGUCACGCAGGAAGGUGGGGACAAUGGGACAUGCUGCUGGACGCUGUGCUGGGCUGGAGCACUGCACUCGCCCGAUGCCAGAACAGCCUGGACCAAGCCAGAGCGGCCUUCCGCUUCCAGCCAAAGAACCACCACACACCCAACCCGGACACGGCCCCCAGGCCUCAGCUGGAGGGUCCCGCAGAAUCUGGAUUCUUUGGGCAGGUGGGAGGGCUUGGUGGCCAGUGUCUGAUGUGCGCGGGGUUGGCCUCCUCUCAGGAAGGCCUAGGCAGAUCCGCAACCUGAGGCUGGAGAGGGGCUGGGCGUCCUCUCCCCUCCCCUGGUCUUCUUUGGCUAGGGUGCUGGUCCCAUUUCUCCGACCAGCUCCCUGGGCAAAGGGGGAUGCUCAGCUGGGUGUGCACAGCAGGUGCAGGGCAGGCCAGCCGCCGGUGUUCGGGCUGCCAGCCUGGCCUUCCCUAGCGCGAAGGAGCCACAUCCGGUGACGCGCGGUGUGCCCUCGUGAGCAGAGGCCUCCCCACCCCAGGGAACAGACUGGAAGCUGGCUCUUGGUUGCCGUGCUGGUCUGAAGUCCCCGUACUGCUCCGCAGAGGCAGAGUGGAGCACGCCCUCCCCUCUGCGUGUUCUGCGGGCUCCCGGAGGGGCCCUCCUGCCGGGCCUCCUCUGGAUCUUGUGUGUUGUAUUAAAGACGAGCUGUCGUGCUGCACUCUGCCUGCGUCUGCCGCUGCGACGGGGCGACUCCACCUACCUCAGCCGAGUCUCCAGGGUCAGUGUGCCGCUGGGCCAGGUGCCCUCCGUCCUUCCACCUGGAGUGGGUGGUGGUUGGGUGACUGCUCGGGAGGCCUGUCCCCUUCACGACGACCUAUGUGGAUGUUGACCUUCUCCAGCGUCCAGCCCAGGCCGGAAACGCAGCUCAGCUCUGCUGGUUGCAUGUGCUGUCCAGCAUCUAGGGCGGCAGUCAGGUCAGGCCCCAGAGUUCCCUGGGAGCUGGCCCGAGUCCGCACACUGUUCUGCGGGGUGCCUGGUGUCAUUCCCAUCUGUGUCCAGGACAGCCAGAGUACACCUGGUGCCUCAAGAACUUUCCCCUGCUCAUUCUGGGGUCUGUGGACUUGUGAACUGGGUCUCGGGAGAAAUAAAGCCCUGCUGUGUCUUCCACAGAGGGAUGAAGCUGUCCAGGAUGGGCAGCGGGCGGUGGUUCCUCUGCUGUGAGAUGGGGUGGCUGAGGACCAGCUGAAGGCACGUGAAAGUGCUUCGCAGGUCACAGAUGGGCAGGUGUCUCAGGUCACGCCCGAGAGUGUAAAAGCAGGUGCACAGGAGCACUUAGGUUUGGCGAGGCCGCUGGAGGGUCAGCGUGGUGACAGGUCGAGCUGGGCUUCAGCCUGCAGCUUGGACACACGGGUGGGUGACCAUCUGCUGGUCUGUCUUUUAAGCCCUUCUCCGGAGUCGGCCAGGCCGAAGCCGCCGCGCUCGCUCGGCGAGGCUGGCUUUUUCAGACGAGAGCUCGCCGGAAGCGGGCCCGAAAGCCUGGCGGCGCACAGCGCUGCUUCCUGAAGGCCGUCCUUCACUUUUCUGGGAAUGCCUGUCCCUCAAGUAGCACAGGGUGACAGAAGCAAGCAUACGUCCUAACUGGGAGGCCCAGGUGCCAGGUUUCAGGCAUUAAGGAAACUGGGCUUUUUUUAUUCUUAUUUUUUUCAAAUCAUCACCGGGACCCUGCGCCCCGGCAGGCCCCUCACCUCCCGCCAGCGCCUGACACUGCAGGUGGCAGUGGCACUGCCUCCCAGUCCCACUGGGACUCCUGGGUGCCUGAAAAAGCUGCCAGGCUCACUUUGUCAAAGGAUAUCAUUUAAAACACGCCUUAGCAGAGAAGAGGUCAGAAGAACAAACAGCAAGGCAGGCCCCAACCAGUGGCGCGGCGCAGAGGGGUGACAUCCGGCCGCUCUCGCAGGAUUCGGUUUCUGUGCAGCAGUGACAGACCAGAAGGUGUGCUCCUAGUGGGAUCUUUCUCAAAAAAUCUAGCUAGAACCAAACAGGAUGUUUCUCCUGUUUAAUCACAAGUACAUUAGUUAGUGGGAGGCAUUAGAAGGCGUUUCCAUCCCUGAUUCUAGUGACUGAAUCUUGAAAAUACAUGACAGUGUCAUUCCUGGUGGGUUUAAAUCCUCGGCCAACAUUCUUCAAAGGCCUUUAUAUUAGAAAUCUGCCAACUUGAUAUUGAACGUGGUGGGUUUCACCUGGAAAUAUAUUCCCUUCAGGUUAACUGGAAUUUGGUUUCACAUCCAGCCUCAAAAAUCAGGUCCCUCAACAUCAUGUGGCUUCUCCCUGUCAGGCUGGCUCUCAUCUUUGUACCAGAAAGCAGCUCAAGAAAACCAUCCCAACAGGACAAGGACUCGAGUGCACGUGCACGUGCCCUUGGGCCUGAAGGGAAGCAGCCCUUGGAGGGGUCGGCAACAGCCCCUCCAGGGAGAGCUGCUCCAAGUGCCACCCUGUCCCUCUGCAGACAACCCCUGGGAGUUAGGGUAUGACAGACCUGCUUUUCUUACUUCACUUGUCACUGACUUGAUGCUGAAUGAUCAUCGGUGGAAACAGAAUCCUCCAGCCCUUUCUCUUGAGCCCACUUCUUGGCCACCACACAAGCCAGAUCAUUUGACACCUGUGGCCUGUGGCUGGGCCGCAUCUGCAGCAGGUGGAGUCCCUAAGGGGGAGAGCGGGUGUGUGGAGAGUUUGUUUACAGCUUCCUAGCAUUCCCGGUGAUCAGGUCUUUUAUGCUGAUUCUGGGCCAUGACCUCCUUCAGUCAGAAGUAGCAGCGACCCUCCAGCUCCCCCGAGUAGCUGGGAGUCCCGUCCGUUAGACCCUCUUUUGACUUGGGUCCUCCACUUUGCAGAGUUCAGAAAGUUUGCGUAAAUGGGAAUCUUUAGAGGUUUCCAAACUAACUCUAUGUAUGACGGUAAUUAAAUCUGCAAAGAAAAUGCUGAGUGCUUUUGCCACUUGGAGGCAUAACUCAUGGUUUUUACAAAAUAUAUUUUAGCAAAAACACCCUGAUGGCGUACAGUGAACAUACUGGCAUGCUGGCUGACUGUGGCGUUUCCACGAAGGUCUGGCUAAUUGGUGAGCCUCUUCCAUGGCCAGCAGAAAUAUCUCUAGGCAGGAUUUGGCAGUUAGCUUUCAGCUUUGCUGUAUGAUUUCAUGUUUCUUUGGAAAGUUGCUUUACAUAUUAAAAAGUUAUUUCCUCCUGGUU